CGCUACCUUGUCUAACAAUAAAAUAAAUAUCGAUACUAUCUGAAUACAUAUUAAUUUUACCUGCAGUUAAUAAAAAUUGUAUGUUAAUACAACAUAUAAUAUAUCUAAUUGUCAUAUUUGUAUACAACUGUCACUUAAAAGAAAGAUUGAAUAUUUUUGCCACGAAACACUCAAUAUAAAAAAUGGCCGAAUCAACGACUGGUACAAGCAUUGAAGGUGCUGCUGCUCCGGAAGCUUCACAUUCUAAUGCUGAAGUUAUUAGAGGGCAGAUUUUUGAAGUGGCGCCGAGAUAUACUAAAUUAGCAUAUAUAGGUGAAGGAGCUUACGGCAUGGUUGUGUCUGCCGAUGAUACAUUAACUAAUCAAAGAGUUGCAAUUAAAAAGAUUUCACCUUUUGAGCACCAGACAUAUUGCCAACGAACUCUUAGAGAAAUAACAAUUUUGACUCGAUUUAAACACGAAAACAUUAUUGAUAUACGAGACAUUUUGAGAGUAGACAGUAUUGAACAAAUGAGGGAUGUUUAUAUAGUGCAGUGUUUAAUGGAGACUGAUUUAUAUAAACUAUUAAAAACACAGAGGCUAAGCAAUGAUCACAUCUGCUACUUCCUAUACCAGAUAUUACGCGGAUUAAAGUAUAUACACUCGGCAAACGUAUUGCAUCGGGACUUGAAGCCUAGCAAUCUUUUACUAAAUAAGACUUGCGAUUUAAAAAUUUGCGACUUUGGAUUGGCCCGAAUUGCAGAUCCUGAACACGACCACACAGGAUUUUUAACCGAAUACGUGGCCACUCGAUGGUAUCGGGCUCCUGAAAUUAUGCUUAACUCAAAAGGAUACACUAAGUCCAUUGAUAUUUGGUCUGUUGGAUGCAUUUUAGCCGAAAUGCUAAGUAAUCGACCAAUAUUUCCUGGAAAACAUUACCUGGAUCAACUUAACCACAUUCUUGGCGUGUUGGGUUCUCCAUCGCGCGAAGAUUUGGAAUGCAUUAUAAAUGAAAAGGCGCGCAAUUAUUUAGAAUCAUUACCAUUUAAGCCUAAUGUACCAUGGUCCAGGCUUUUUCCAAAUGCUGAUGCACUGGCCUUAGAUUUGCUGGGAAAAAUGUUAACGUUCAACCCGCACAAAAGAAUUCCAGUAGAAGAAGCACUCGCACAUCCUUAUUUGGAGCAGUAUUAUGAUCCUGGAGAUGAGCCUGUUGCUGAAGUACCCUUCCGUAUUAAUAUGGAAAAUGAUGAUAUAUCUCGAGAUGCCUUGAAAUCGUUAAUUUUCGAAGAGACGUUAAAAUUUAAGGAACGACAACCGGAAAAGACCCUCUAAAAAUUGCAAUUAUCAAUAAAAGAUCACUCCAUUUCAUAUUUGAUUAAGUCUAAUAGUAAAACUAAAACAUAUUUGUGAUUUAAUUAUUAUACCCACCAUCGUCGUAUUAUUUUAUCUGGAUUAUAAUUUCUUUGUAUUAUAUAAGUGAAUUAUUAUUUCUCGUUAGACAGUGAAAUGAAGUUGUAUUUUUAUUUUUGUUUAAGGUUCAGGUAAUAAACUUGAAAUUUAUGGUUUUGGGUUCUGCCUGUAAUUAUUAUUAACAAAAAAUUAUUUAUUAAUUUGAAUAUUAUAUUUGUAUAACUGUGUAGAGCAUUAAACAUUUUGCCAUAAUUUUCCCAUUAUUUACCCAUAACGAAUAGAAUUAUUCACAUUAUAAUUGACAUAUUUCAUAACGAUUCAAGUUUAAAUAAUGUUUUACAGCUGUAUCGUUAUCUUUUAGUCUUUCAGUUUAAAUGUUUAAUAUUGAGAACAAGUUUAAAAACGCGUAAUAGCGAAUGACUAUUGAUACUGGCGAGUUAUAUAAUGAUCCACACCAUAAUAUAAUUUGAUGACACUUUGUAAUCUUAAUAACACUGGCGGACAAAAUCGAAUCUUUUUACUCCUCCCAUAAUUUUACUUGCUUCAUAACUUUAGGUAUUUUCUGAACUCGAGAGCAAAGAAAAAAAACCUAAAAGAAAAAAUUGUACAAAUUUUACCAUACAUAUAUUGAAUUAUAGGGGCAUGCCUAGUACAUAAAAUUUGUAUACUCUUGCAAAGAGUAUUAUAAUUUUUUUUUCAAAGUGGGCAAUGCAAUGAAGGAGACGUCUCUGACCCUAUAAUGUGUAUAUAUUCUUGAUCAACAUCACCUUCUGACUCGAUAUGAGCAUGUCCUUCUAUCCAUUUUUACGCUUACUUAACUGAAAGGGUACAUAAACUUGGGCUUCGCCGGAGCCAAAGGUUUUCUUUUUUAUUUAAUAAUCAAAAUGGCAUCCAUCAGUUACCAUAUAAUUGGAAGACUAAUAAAAAGUUUAAAUAUCCAG